AUGAGAAAGCUCACUCCACCUCACACUCUUCUUCUUCUUCUUCUUCUUCUGUUUGUCCCCAUUUUGGUUUCUGCAGAAUGCACAUGUAGUAAAGAAACCCAACACCAUGACAAGGUCAAGGUUCUCAAGUACAAGCUAGUUGCGAUAAGUUCAAUCCUCAUAGCCAGUGUGCUUGGUGUCUCUCUGCCAAUGUUGGGCAAGAAAAUCCCAACUCUGCGCCCCGAAAACGAUAUCUUCUUCAUGAUCAAAGCCUUUGCUGCGGGCGUGAUUCUAGCAACAGGGUUCAUCCAUGUCUUGCCUGAGGCAUUUGAGAGCUUGACAAGCCCCUGCCUCAGCCAAACACCAUGGGGGAAUUUCCCAUUUUCAGGCUUCAUUGCAAUGCUUUCAGCUAUUGGGACGAUGAUGAUCGAUACCUUUGCCACUAGUUAUUACAGAAGGUCACAUUUCACUAAAGCACUGCCAGUGAAAGAGGAUGAGGAGAUGCAUGGGGUGCAUGAGGGUCAUGUGCAUGUUCAUACUCAUGCCACACAUGGUCAUGCCCAUGGAUCCGGCGCGAUUUUACCGGAGGAUUCAGCUUCAUCUUUGGAGCUUAUUAGGCAUCGAGUGAUAUCACAGGUUCUGGAGCUUGGGAUUGUGGUUCAUUCAGUCAUCAUUGGGAUAUCUUUAGGUGCCUCUCAGAGUCCCAGAACAAUCAAACCUCUGGUAGCAGCUUUGACUUUCCAUCAAUUUUUUGAAGGCAUGGGCCUUGGUGGCUGCAUCUCUCAGGCCAAAUUCAAGUCCAGGGCCGUUGCAACCAUGGUGCUUUUCUUCUCCCUCACCACCCCAAUUGGAAUUGGUGUUGGAAUGGGAAUAUCAAACAUUUACAAUGAGAGCAGCCCAACUGCUUUGAUUGUGGAAGGGGUUUUCAACUCUGCUUCAGCUGGGAUUCUAAUAUACAUGGCUCUGGUUGACCUUCUAGCAGCAGAUUUCAUGAACCCUAGAAUGCAAGGCAAUUUAAGGAUCCAGCUUGGGGCUAAUAUUUCACUUCUUUUGGGUUCUGGCUGUAUGUCACUCUUGGCCAAAUGGGCCUAA